UCAAGGUUAAGACAGAGGCGUGUGGGAAAUCUAAGGAUGUGGAUAGAGGCAACACUCUUCAUCUUCAUCCUGGGACUUCUUUUGUACCUAGAUUCGAAGAAACCGAAGAACUUCCCCCCUGGCCCAGUAUGGUGGCCCGUGGUAGGCAGUGCGUUGGCCAUUCAUCGGCUAAGGAAGGAGAUGGGAGGAUAUCUCUACCUCGCCUCUGUCAAGAUGGCCGAGCAAUAUAAGACUGGCUGUGUGGGCCUGCGUAUCGGUAAGGACCGAACUGUCGUCUGCACCAGCUAUGAGGCGGUUAGAGAGAUGAUGAUGAGGGAGGAUUUUGACGGGAGACCUCACGGACCGUUCUACGAGACUCGCACUUGGGGAGUUCGGAGAGGUUUGAUCCUAACUGAUGAAGAGUUUUGGCAAGAACAGAAGCGCUUUGUCCUUCGACACUUGCGGGAGUUUGGUUUCGGUCGUAAGACGAUGGCUGGACUAACAGAGGAUGAGGCUGCGGCUCUGGUAGAAUCAUUUGAGAAGAGAAUAGCAAAGAGUGGAAAGAAUGGGAUCUUGGUGGAAAUGUCCAACGCUUUCAAUGUGUGUGUCCUCAAUACUUUGUGGUCCAUGUUGGCUGGAAUCAGAUACAACCCUGAGGAAAAGGAGCUACAAGACCUUCAAACUCUACUGACCGAGUUGUUCGCCAACAUAGACAUGGUGGGAGCUCUGUUCAGUCAGUUCCCUGUCCUGCAGUACCUAGCUCCCGAGAUAUCUGGCUACAACAAGUUUAUGUACAUUCACAAGCAACUGUGGAAGUUUUUGAGGGCAGAGUUAGACAGUCACAAAGCAAGUUUUGUUCCUGACAAGCCCAGAGAUCUCAUGGACGUUUAUCUGCAAAUGCUCAACUCACCUGAUCGCAAACCUAGCUUUUCAGAGGACCAGCUGCUAGCUAUCUGCCUGGACAUGUUCAUGGCUGGGUCGGAAACAACCAGCAAAUCUCUCGCGUUCUGCUUUCUCUACAUGUUGUUGUUUCCUGAUGUACAGAAGAAAGCUCAGGAAGAGAUUGAUCGAGUGGUUGGUAGAGACAGGCUGCCCAACUUGAACGACAGGCCAAACAUGCCCUACAUGGAGGCAGUGGUGUUAGAGUCAGUGAGGAUGUUUGUGGGACGAACGUUCGGCAUUCCACACAGAGCUCGGAAAGACACCACACUACAAGGAUACGACAUUCCUAAAGACACAAUGCUUGUAGUGAAUUUCAACUCGUGCAUGAUGAACGAAAAGUUCUGGGAAGACCCCCACAUCUACAGGCCGGAGAGGUUUUUGAAAAAUGGAGUCUUAGAAGUGCCUGAAUUUUACAUUCCAUUCGGCUUAGGCAAGCACCGAUGUAUCGGCCAGACACUUGCUCGCUCCAACGUGUUCCUCUUCACGUCUAGUCUACUACAGAGAUAUGAUUUCUGUGUCCCGCCAGGCCAGGCUCCCCCCUCCACCAAGGGGGUUGACGGGGCAACACCCGGCACCGGCCUCUACACAGCACUCGUCAAACCUAGAGUGUUUACUUAGAUUGAGAAAAGGUUAAUUGAGAAACAGGUUAUUUUCCGAUCCGUUUAUACCGUUAAAAUAUUGCUAGAAUAGUAUUUUUAACUACCAAACUAGACGACUGAGUACUAGGUCUACCUUUCUAGUAUUUCCAAGUAAAGAAAGGAAAAGGUAGAAGACAAAAAGAGAGUAUUUGCUAUUCUGUUUUUCACUAAUGAGUUGAUUGGAAUGUAAGCGUUGCUGAAGUUUACACGUUGUAUUUUCAGUUUCCGUUAGUUAUUAAAAGUCGGUGUUCAUAAAAGGGAUACAGUAGUUUACAGCUGUAUUUUCCGUCAGUGUUUUAGCUGAGAACCAAUUUUGUUGUUUUAAAAAUGACUAAUACAGGAGUGGAUUGUGAACCUACUACAAUAUAGCGUACUAUACUGCAUAUUAAUAAUUUUAUUCAGUCAACUGUUUUCCUGAAAAUGAAAUAAUUAGUUGUUUACUUCGUUUGCACACAUGGCAAAACUGUCUUUCUAUUUUUCACAACAUUUCAAAAGAGCUCUUAUUGCUUCUCAGUGUUAAGAAAAGAAAAUGAUUAUUUUAAGAAACCGAAUAUUGGUUAUUUACACCGCAAACACAAUAUAUAAAUAAUUAUAAAAUAAAUAUAUAUAAAAAGUGUAACCUGGGAUGUUAAGCUGUAAAUAUAAUUUUAUUAAUUGAUAUUUCUCAAUU